GUGAGACAUUUAUUAGCACACCAGAUUUUUUUUUCGCUGCGUUCGGCUUCGAUUUUUAAUUCAUUUUUCAAAUUUUUCACUAUUUUUCGAAAAUUUAUUUCAUUUUCAAUUUAAUAAAAUCUAAAAAUGUCUACCAUACUUCAAGCAUCACGAUUAUUAUCUCGAAACAUCGGUUUAGCCAUGUUUAAAUUGCCGGCUCGAACACACGUUUCGAUUGUUGAACAAAAUUCAUCUAUUUUACAAAAAUAUCAAAAUUCAUCGUUAAUCAAUAAAAGAUGGAAAUCCGAACAAGUCAGAGGUCAUGUUAUUGGUAUCGAUUUAGGAACGACCAAUUCCUGUGUUGCCGUUAUGGAGGGAAAAACACCCAAGGUUAUCGAGAAUGCUGAAGGUUCACGAACAACACCAUCAGUUGUUGCCUUUACAAAAGAUGGCGAAAGAUUGGUUGGCAUGCCUGCUAAACGGCAAGCUGUCACUAAUGCUGCCAAUACAUUCUAUGCGACAAAACGUUUGAUCGGUAGGCGAUUCGGUGAUGCCGAAGUGCAAAAAGAUAUGAAAAUUGUAUCAUACAAAAUUGUCAAAGCAUCAAAUGGUGAUGCUUGGGUUGAAGCACAUGGUAAAAUGUAUUCACCAUCACAAGUCGGUGCCUUUAUCCUGAUGAAAAUGAAAGAAACUGCAGAAGGUUAUCUUAAUCAAUCUAUCAAGAAUGCUGUGAUCACUGUACCCGCUUAUUUCAAUGAUUCACAACGUCAAGCCACUAAGGACGCUGGUCAAAUUGCCGGUUUAAAUGUUUUACGUGUUAUUAAUGAACCAACUGCUGCUGCUAUUGCUUACGGUAUGGAUAAAAGUGAAGAUAAAAUUGUGGCCGUAUACGAUUUGGGUGGCGGUACAUUUGAUAUUUCCAUUCUUGAAAUACAAAAAGGAGUUUUCGAAGUGAAAUCAACUAACGGCGAUACGUUUCUUGGUGGUGAAGAUUUUGAUAAUGCUUUGGUCACCUAUCUGGCUAAUGAAUUCAAAAAAGACCAAGGAGUUGAUGUAACAAAAGACAUAAUGGCCAUGCAACGUCUUAAAGAAGCUGCUGAGAAAGCCAAAAUCGAAUUAUCAUCUUCAUUACAGACUGAUAUCAAUCUUCCAUAUUUGACAAUGGAUUCUGCUGGACCAAAGCACAUGAAUUUGAAAUUAACUCGAUCUAAAUUUGAAUCACUUGUCGCUGAUCUUAUCAAACGUACAAUCGAACCAUGUAAGAAAGCUAUCGCUGAUGCUGAAGUUAAUAAAUCUGAUAUCAAAGAAGUUAUACUUGUCGGUGGCAUGACCCGUAUGCCUAAAGUGCAGGAAUUAGUUCAAGAAACAUUCGGUCGGGCCCCGAGUAAAUCUGUCAAUCCCGAUGAAGCUGUAGCAGUAGGUGCAGCUGUACAAGGUGGUGUUCUUUCUGGUAACGUUACCGAGAUCCUUUUAUUGGAUGUCACGCCACUUUCUUUGGGUAUCGAAACAUUGGGAGGAGUAAUGACCAAACUUAUCAACCGAAACACGACAAUUCCAACGAAAAAAUCUCAAGUGUUUUCAACCGCUGCCGAUGGACAAACACAAGUCGAAAUUAAAGUUUUUCAGGGUGAACGUGAAAUGGCUUCCAAUAACAAAUUAUUGGGACAAUUUUCACUAGUCGGCAUUCCACCAGCACCGCGUGGUGUUCCUCAAAUUGAAGUCACUUUUGAUAUCGAUGCCAAUGGUAUUGUUAAUGUAUCAGCUCGUGAUAAAGGAACCGGAAAAGAACAUCAGAUCGUAAUCCAAUCUAGUGGUGGCUUGUCCAAAGAUGAUAUUGAAAAUAUGAUCAAAGCUGCUGAAAAGUUUGCCGAAGAAGAUCGUAAAAAACGUGAAAUUGUCGAAACAGUUAAUCAGGCCGAAGGCAUUAUUCAUGAUACGGAAAGUAAAAUGGAAGAAUUCAAAGAUCAAUUACCAUCGGAAGAAUAUGAAAAACUUAAGGAAAAAAUUGCCAAAACACGUGAAGUAUUGGCCAAUAAAGAUAAUGAAACACCAGAAAAAAUUAAAGAAACUUGUAAUGAUUUGCAACAAUCAUCAUUGAAAUUAUUCGAAAUGGCUUAUAAAAAGAUGGCUGCUGAUCGUGAAUCAUCAUCAUCAUCGUCAUCGUCAUCAUCAUCAUCGGAUUCAACUACAAAAGAUGAAGAUAAAAAAGAAGAAAAAAACUAAAACUCAUAUAUAAACAGAAUAUUGUUAAGUGAAAAUAACCAAUUUUAAUUACACACCUUUUUUUCUCCACAUAUAAUAUAACACACAUGUAGAUUUUUCUAUUCUAUUAUUUUUUUCCAUUCAAAUCAAGUCGUAGAAUUUGUAUUUGUUAGAAUAUCUCAUAUAUUUGUUCCCGAUUAUUUUCAUUAAUUUUUAUUUUUUCAUUCAAUUAAUAUUAACUCAAAUAAAAAAAAAUUCAGUUUCAUA